CGGAUCUAGUAAGACAGCGAGCGAUGGAGAGAGAAGGAAGGGCUUCGUGGAUGAAAUAUGGGCCUGUUGUGUCCCUGUUUGUGGUUCUUUUGUCCUUCUGGUUCCGGUCACCCCAGAAUGAAGUACUGGACGACCGGCUGGACACCGUCCUGUCCUCUCUGCUCCGGGCUGAAGGAAAAGUCGGGGUGAACAACGUGGCCCGACCUAAAGUGGCAGUGGGUUUCGGAGGCUGUGUGGACCUGAUAGUGGACGGGGUUUCGUUGCUGAAUAAGAUCGGCCUCGCUCACACAGACCAGCCCCUGCACCACGACCUCAUAGAAAAUGAAGUGCAGCUGGCUCAGAGCUUCGCCUACUUCUUCGCACCGGGAGCUGCCGCAGAGCGUUUUGUGCUAAAUGACACCCUCUUCAGCGAGCUGGUGGAAGCGUCUCGUGACCUACCCGGCAACAGAUGGGCAAUAGGCGGCAAUGCCCCGGUGAUGGCUGGCCGCAUGGCAACCGAGGGAUGUGAUUUAUUGCUAGGGGGGAGUUUCAGCCCCGAAUUCACUGAUGUCCUGUCUGAACACAUUACAGUGGCAGGGAACGUAGUUGAGGAGCCAGACAUUCAUCUGAUCCUGGAGUAUCCGUCUGGUGCUAGCUGGGGUCAAUACACGUCGCGUAGAGCCAACAGAUAUAUCGUCCACAGCGAUGACCAUAACCCCUACUUGGACUCCAUGGCUGCUUUUGCAGAGAAACUCAAAGGCUUUGACCCAGAUCUGCUGGUGGUGGGGGGGCUGCAAAUGAUGGAUAACUUCCCCUUCCAGUCAGGUGAGCGCGAGGCUCUCCUCUCCCGCCUCGCCGACCUCCUCUCCUCCUCCUCUCCUACGAUUGGAGUCCAUUUUGAGAUGGCCAGUUUUGUAGAAGAGGGUAUAAUGGAGGAACUUUUUCACUACGUCAUUCCCCAUGCCGACUCUUUAGGCAUGAAUGAACAGGAGCUUCCCAACCUGCUCAGCCUGCUGAAAGGCUCCAACAUCACGGUGUUGUCAGACCCAAACCCUCGUGUAGCCACCGUCCUCGACCAGAUGAGGGAGGUGUACCGCAUCGUGAACCUCCGCUCAAAGGAAGACGGCAACACGAGCAGCGCUAAAGCGAAGCCGCUGACUCGGCUCCACGUCCACACGCUCGCCUUUCAGGCCAUGAUCGUGACCCACGGCUCCAAGUGGAAGAACACCAUGUCGGCCACCGCCAAGGCGUCUCUCACGGCUAACCGCCACGUCUGCGGCUCCGAUGACAUCGACCCCAGCAAGGCCCGGCUCAUCAUGGACGACUCGUUCUCUGUGAGCCAGCGGGAGGGCAGCGUGCGGAUCCCUCUGCAGGAGAGCCGGCCCGUCAGCUGCUGGGACGAGGACGACUACGAGAUCUGCGUGGCGCCGGUGCUCGUGUGCACCGAGGUUUACCAAACUGCAGGCGGAGGAGACAACAUCUCAGCCGCCGGCCUGGUGCUGCAGAUCUAGAGAAGGACACUGUGUGCUUUAUCUGUGUUUAGUGCUCUGUGAGCCUGGACACUUGAUCUAGGUGUGAUACAAAGUACCCAGCAAACAUGGGUACUGAUUGUAAAAUGUUUCAGGCUUAUGUUGUCGCCCUGGCAGCUCCUGGUGGACCAAUAAGAAAAGUGAAUAUCAGUUGUAGGAGUCGCAUGAUGGGUUCAGUGGUUAUUAAUCAGGUACCUGAUUUCAAAUGUAUGAGCCUGGUUGUUAGGGGGAUGCAGAUAAAAACAGGUGAAGUCAAACAUUACAGUUUAGUAAAUUGACUGAUCCAAACCAGACGAUCUGCAGUUAAUUCUCAGUUAGGUGUGUGUGAGUUUACAUUAGGUUGGAGGGCACUAUCGCUAGUUUCGUGUUUCUUUUAUUAACGUUGGGUACAUAUAUUAAUAUUUGUACAGUGCAAAGCCCUUUGGCAUCCAGAUUAUUUGUUAUAACUAAAAUUUUAAAACACACACUGCCCUGCUCUGUCCUUUUUUAUAAUUCAGCACAUCCAACGUCUCAGUUAAGUCAUCGCUGCCCAUCAUCUGACUCCUGUCCUACUCUACUUCCCAAAGGCCUUACAAGACUAGAACUUCAGUCCUGAUGAGAUAAGGAGUGAUGAGGUUCUGGUUCAGUCCAUAAAAAAACAAGUUUUGUUUCGGAUUGGAGCUGAUAAAGCUACAAACUUAAACUUAGCUCUUUUUCUUGUGUUAUUGAAACAUGUGACUUCACUAUGCAACAGACUUAUCCAGAGUUGUGUAAAUCUCCUGUUUCUUGGAAGCACUUUUUUCAGAUGUCUCCUCCUUAAAAUCCACAUUUCCAACCUGUAAACGGGGCUUUGACCGCCCCUGCCUUGCAGCUUACGCAGUUUCAAAAUAAGGCUGAAAAGUGAGCUUAAAGGGGAAAGUUGUGAAAAACACACUAUCUGUGCAUUUGGGUAUCUUGAGUUUUGAGAGUUUUUGUGUCCUUCCUACAUCAGAACACAAAGACUCAACAAGCCCUCUAUAUGUGGCUCCACUUCUUACACUGAAACAGGCUCAUUAGAAUAAACCUGCCCUAAUGUAUACCAUAACGCAUGUAAAGAUGCUCUAUUGGAAACUCCUAUCUUAGGAUUUGAAAUCAGAAAGCUAGAGAGGUGAUCACCUCCUGUUCUUCCUAAUAUAUGUGAAAAUGUGAAUACUGGUUUGGGUGUGUUUGAUUUGUUGUUGAUUGUGAUUCUUAUGUUGCAAAAACUAGACCACUUUUGGUAGCUGGAUAUGAUGUCAAAGACCUCCUUUCUACCUCCAUGCUAUUUAUGUUUCUCCACUUUCCUCUCUUCAGUGUACUUUGACAAACUUUUCUAUCAUCUUUCAUUUAUCUUCUUGUGUUUAUUUAUGUUUUUAAGGACCAAAUAACCAGUGUGGACUGCCCCUGAUAACGUUGCUGCUAAAGAGGCAUCACUGGUAGACACUUCUCAUGUUCUCAUAUUAUAAUGCUGCAUACAGUGACCGUCUAUAGUGUAACUCACCAUGAAUCCCCUUUACCCCCAUUGGCCUAAAUAGAAGUGGCCCCUGUCUCUAAUUGGCCUUAAACGUAUACAGAGUAGAAAUCCCUUUCCUUUGAAACCAUAUCUGACUGAAAUGGGAAUAACGGUUCACACUGUAUCCAUAUAAAACAUUCCUCCACAGACCAAGCUUCAAUAAGUAUCUUCACAAGUGGAAUAUUUUCUUUCUAUACAAACAUGCUCCCCUUUUCACUGAGGAACACGCAUAUUCAUGUUACAGUGCAACGAUUAGGAGCUAAAGAAACCAGUCGACGUGUUUCCUCUGUAUGUCAGCACUGUACUCGUGAAUGCUGUUUUAUUUAUGCUAAACGGUAAAUGAGCCUUAUUCUGUUUGACCUUUGGUGUUUAGUGAUAAGGGAAUGUUUAAUACAGACUUUUUCUAUACCUGCAGGCUUAUGUUUCAUUUCCUUUGUCUUGUGUUUCAUUUCCUUUGUCUUGAUUGAUUUGAAGAUGAAUAAUGGGUCACGUUUUUACUGUGAAAUGAAUUUGUUUAAAGCAGAACUUCAGCAUGCAUUCAUGUUCAGAUAGAAAACUGCUUGUGUUUGCUAACAUAUCAUGUCUUGGCUUUAGAUACGUCCUGUCAUCCAAAGCUGUGUGUAACCUUGUAAUGCAUGUUAACUAUUCAAUGCUGAACCACUUAAGAUAAAACGCUGAUAAAGCACUCGUUGCUUUGUUAUUUGUUCAUA